AUGGACAACAGCGGAUGCCGAUUGGUGUGCAUUAGAUUGCGCGACAUCGAACAACCUACUCGAGAGUGCCACAAGGACGAUCUCUUCCUCAUCCCCCUACUCCCGGCACACAAACCCUCCUUUCCCGCGGUUGCCCGUGCCCCAGGGGCAAUGACGAUGAAAAUUAACUAUGCACGAGAGACGGGGAUCUACUCUGUUUCGGCAGCCAUUGUUUUCGCAGCGCUGUACGCGCCGUUUCUAGUGCGUUUUGCAUACAUGUCGUAUCGCCAGCCGGUACAUGUGCAUUUUGCUGUCGCGUUAUUUUGCAUAUUUUCUAUCAUCGGAUUCUCGAUUCGCGCAGCGAUGGCAGCUUCAGAAGAACUCGGCUCGCGUCUUUCGCUGCUCAUCACACAGGAGAUCAUGUUCACUGUCGGUUAUCUCAUUCUUCUAUACUCAUCUCACUCUCUCGUAAUGAACCUAACGCACAUAUGCCUUCCAGAAGACCUCAGGAAACUGAACAGGCGCGCGCUGCGCCUUACGCGCUCGCAUCAUCUCUUCCACUUUCUCCUGUCCGCAGCCAUCAUCCUUGCGCUGUCGGCCGCGAUCACGAACAAUGGCACCGGGCGAGAGCGCGUCUCCGACAUCCUCGACGUCGUGAGCUCGACGCUCUUCAUGGUUCUCACCGUUCUCCAGGCCGUGCACAGCGGGCUGUUUGCACGCCUGGCUUUGAAAAAGGAGCACCGCGAACGGCAUCGUGCGCAGAACCACUCCUUUGGGGAGCGCAACGCCGUCUUUCUUCUGCUGCUUAUCUCGUUCCUCUAUCUCAUUUCUGAGACUUUCUCGAUGGUGACCGUCCAGAACGAUGAGCAGGCGAACAAUGAGCGGCUGCUGUACCCGCUCGGAUUUCUUCCGGAGCUCCUGGCGGUGGGCGUGUUCGCGAUACCGGGGCUCGUGCCGUCAACAUGUGUAAGGAAGUUUCCGUGGUCGAGGCAGAGGGUGUUGCAAGUGCAGUAUUAUUGA